AUAAUGCAUCAGAAUUUGGAGAAACAAAGAAAAUGUUUAUGAUAAUAUCUGCUUUGGUUAUUUGGAAAUGUUUACGAGAAUUAGUGAAAAGGCAGCAAUAUGGGUUGAUUGAUAGCGUUGUUCUUAUCGGUGCACCUAUUUCGUCUACACCAGUUUCUAAAUGGGAAGAAGUUUCUAGUGUAAUAUCUCGCCGUUUCGUCAAUGCAUAUGCAACCAAUGAUAUUGUUCUUGCAUUGAUUUACCGAAUGCAUUCAUUAGAUUUAAAUGUUGCUGGACUUUCACCAGUGAAUUGUUCUGGUGUAGAAAAUUUUGAUAUUACAGAGUAUACAACUGGACAUUUAGGAUAUC